ACAGUGUGUUCAAGUUAAAAUUUAAAUAAUUAUUUACAAUCGUAGACACAAUUUUCUUUUUUAUUGAAAAACCCUCAUUAUUGUUUCGGCUAAAAUGCUGAAAAGAUAAAGACACGAGGACACGAGGAAAUAUGAAGACACUGUAUAAUUUACUCACCAUUGCAAAUAAAUAAUCAAGAUGGACUUUGUGGAAAAGACUGCUGAAAAGUUGCUCAACUUACUGGAGGAGUAUGGGCCAGACUCUCGAAUAUCAUUUCCGAAGGAUUCAGAUUUGCAGAACAAAUUUGAGGAAUUUUGUAACAAGACCCUCAGGAAAAGUAGACUAUCGAAAGAUUGGCAUAUGUUAGAGCUGAAAAGGGAGUAUGAGGAACCAACGUUCUCGUCCGUCGAAACUCGCCUUAUUCAGUUCCUGAAGCAAAGACCUACAAUCCUGUCAGGCAAUUCUAAUCUAGCAAAUGAGCAAAAAUGUCGGUUUUGUCUCAGUACAACUUUAAAUGAAUUGCAGAUUUUCUCGCAAGUCGAUAAAGGGAUACUCGAUGUUGCUUUGAAGUUUUUUCAAGUCAGAUGCAUUGAUGGAUUUCCUCAGUACAUAUGUGUAAAGUGUCUCGAGCAAUUAAAUACAAUUCAAAAGUUUCACAAAUUGACUGAAGUAUCACACAUUAAACUCCUAAGUUUGGCAGCAAAAGAGUGCUGUCAACACAAAUUGCACUCCGACAGCAAUUCGGCUGCUGAGACGAAACAAACUCCCAUCGACAAUGAAGACGACGUAUUUUCUGAUACAGAGGAAUUUCAAACAACUGGUGAUAGAGAAAAUGUUACUGUUAAGAAUCACUUUUGUGAAUAUUGCCCGAAGAGCUUCAAAACAAAAUUGAGUCUAAAAGUCCACAUACGAUCACAUACUAACGAACGACCUUUUGUGUGUUCCGAGUGCAAAAUGUCUUUCAAGACAUAUUCUGCCAUCAGUAGUCAUCAAGCAGUACAUAGCAAGGAGAAAAAAUUCGAAUGUUAUGUGUCUGAGUGCAGUUUUAGAACUACAACAAAAGCUAAUCUAAAAAUACAUGAACGCACCCAUUCACAAGAAAGGAGGUACGCUUGCAGUUAUUGUGCACUAAAAUUUACGACCACAAGUAAUUUGAGCAAACAUGUAAAGAACAUUCACCAUCAAAUUAAACCGCACAAAUGUAGACAGUGUGAAAAGAAGGUAAUUUUAUAAGGAAUCAGCUAGAAAACAUGAAGUAACCCAUUCGAAUUUGAAGAUAUAUGCUUGUCCUAUUUGUUCCUCCAAAUCUUAUACAUGGUUUAAUGGCCUUCAAAAACACAUGAAGAGUAUACAUUCAGGGAUGAAAACGGAUACAGAGAAAGAAUAUUUUAUAAAGUCCCAAAAAGCAAUAAAAACAAUAUUUUAAAUAUUUGAA